CUUCUUUGCUGCACUGCUACUUUUCUGCUGCUGCUGCAGAGCUGCUAUCAGUUCUCCAACAUGGUUGCAGGAUGCGUAAGCGACGAAGCGAAAUUCGCCGUCGGGCUCGACCGCCUGUGGAAGGUGCUUCGCGACGACCACGUCCACCUGCCGAAGAUGGUGCCCGACCACGUCGCGAGCGCGGAGAUCGUCGAGGGGGACGGCGGCCCCGGCACCGUCAAGAAGAUCGCCUUCACCCCAGCUGCAAAGAUAGUGAUCUACGUUAAGCGCCGAUUGGUGAUGCUCGACGAAUCAAACCAUGUUUUCAAGUACGAAGUACUCGAAGGCGGCGUCAGCGAGAAGAUCAAGUCGCAGACCUUUGAGUUCAAGUUUGAGUCGACCGGCGACGUCGAAACCUGCGUGGUCAGGCUCAAGGUCGAGUACGACACCGUCGACGACGAGCCCCUCGGCGCCGAGGAGGAGAAGAAGCUCAUACAAGGGCCCUUCAUGCUGUUCAGAGGAGUGGAAGAGUACCUGCUAGCAAACCCUGGAGCUUAAGCUUUAAGCAUAAGCACUUUUGUUGGAGUUCCAAAAUGCAGUAGCUGUUAUUGUAGUGUAAUAAAGAGGUGGUUGAGUGAUGUGUUGGUCACCUCAAUAUAGUUUGUACUACGAUUCCGGACGCCGACGCAGCGGAGCUCAGCAAGUUCCUGCGUGUGGAAGUCUAAGAUGUCUUUGUGUCGUGUAUUUUCUGUUUCCUGCUCUGUUUAGUAGCGUUUUGGGUUCCUGUCCUGUUUUGAUA